AUGGUUGAAUCAUUCUACGAACUGAAGGCGGAGAUGCCCGGAGGGAAAGUGUACGAUUUCGCCGAUCUGAAAGGAAAGGUCGUGCUCAUUGUGAAUACCGCCUCCCAAUGUGGAUUUACACCCCAGUACAAGGGCUUGCAGAAGCUGUACGAGAAGUUCAAGGACAAGGGCUUCGUGAUCCUAGGGUUCCCCUGCAAUCAGUUUGGCGGACAAGAGCCCGGUGACGACAAGGCUAUCUCAGAAUUCUGCACUUUAAACCAUGGCGUUACGUUCCCUUUGAUGAAGAAAUCAGAUGUUAAUGGCGACAAUACCAAUGAAGUCUUUAAGUGGCUCAAGUCCCAGAAGGCUGGUAUCCUUGGGUUGACCAGGAUCAAGUGGAACUUCGAGAAGUUCUUGAUUGACAAGAAUGGCAACGUCGUCAGUCGCUGGGCUUCGACUACCUCCCCUGAUGCCAUUGACGCAGAAGUUGCUAAGCUGUUGUGA